AUGGCUACUGGUGUCCUGUCAGUAUAUUACAUGGUUACUGGUGUCCUGUCAGUAUAUUACAUGGUUACUGGUGUCCUGUCAGUAUAUUUCAUGUCCACUGGUGUCCUGUCAGUAUAUUACCUGGCUACUGGUGUCCUGUCAGUAUUUUACAUGGCUACUGGUGUCUUGUCAGUUUAUUACAUGGUUACUGGUGUCCUGUCAGUAUAUUACAUGGUUACUGGUGUCCUGUCAGUAUAUUUCAUGUCCACUGGUGUCCUGUCAAUAUAUUAAAUGGCUACUAGUGUCCUGUCAAUAUAUUUUAUUGGUUACUGGUGUCCUGUCAGUAUAUUACAUGGCCACUGGUGUCCUGUCAGUAUAUUACAUGGAUACUGGUGUCCUGUCAGUAUGUUACAUGGCUACUGGUGUCUUGACAGUAUAUUAA